AUGCUUGGGCUUGCUGCUCUCGUUAUCGACAACGGCUCCGGCAUGUGCAAGGCCGGUUUCGCCGGUGACGAUGCCCCCCGCGCUGUUUUCCCCUCGAUUGUCGGUCGCCCCCGUCACCAGGGUGUCAUGGUCGGCAUGGGCCAGAAGGACUCCUACGUCGGUGACGAGGCCCAGUCCAAGCGUGGUAUCCUUACCCUCAAGUACCCCAUUGAGCACGGUAUCGUUACCAACUGGGACGACAUGGAGAAGAUUUGGCACCACACCUUCUACAACGAGCUCCGUGUUGCCCCCGAGGAGCACCCCGUCCUGCUUACUGAGGCUCCCCUCAACCCCAAGCAGAACCGUGAGAAGAUGACCCAGAUCAUGUUCGAGACUUUCAACGCCCCCGCCUUCUACGUCUCCAUCCAGGCCGUCCUCUCCCUCUACGCCUCCGGUCGUACCACCGGUAUCGUCCUCGACUCGGGUGACGGUGUCACCCACACUGUCCCCAUCUACGAGGGUUUCUCGCUCCCCCACGCCAUUCUCCGUCUUGACCUCGCCGGUCGUGACCUCACCGACUACCUCAUCAAGAUCCUCAUGGAGCGUGGCUACCCCUUCACCACCACCGCCGAGCGUGAAAUCGUCCGUGACAUCAAGGAGAAGCUCUGUUACGUCGCCCUCGACUUCGAGCAGGAGCUCCAGACCGCUGCCCAGUCCUCCAAGCUCGAGAAGUCGUACGAGCUUCCCGACGGACAGGUCAUCACCAUCGGCAACGAGCGCUUCCGCUGCCCUGAGGCUCUCUUCCAGCCUUCGUUCCUUGGUCUUGAGGCUGCUGGUAUCCACGAGACCACUUACAACUCGAUCAUGAAGUGUGACCUCGACAUCAGGAAGGACCUCUACGGCAACAUUGUCAUGUCUGGUGGUACCACCAUGUACAACGGCAUUGACGCUCGUAUGCAGAAGGAGAUCACCGCCCUCGCCCCCUCGUCGAUGAAGGUCAAGAUCGUUGCUCCCCCUGAGCGCAAGUACUCCGUCUGGAUUGUGAGUAUCCCUUCGACUUCCCGCGCAAGACCGCCUCGGAAUGUCGUCGAACGACGACAAAGGCAUGCGCGCGCGGGUGGUUCCAUUCUCGCCUCGCUUUCGACCUUCCAGCAGAUGUGGAUCUCGAAACAAGAGUACGAUGAAGCAGGACCUUCGUGA